AUGAAUGUUAAUAUUGAAACAAUUGUUGUUGGGAAUUCUAGAACAAAUUGUUAUAUAAUAUGGGAUGAAGAUGAAGUUGUAGUAAUAGAUCCAGGAGAUGAUGGUCCUAAAAUUAACAAAGUUAUCAAAUCUCACGUAAAAGAACCAAUAGUCAAAAUUUUAGUUACAAAUGGACUUGCUGGAAGUAUUGGAGCUAUUCCAUAUCUUCUUGAAAAGUAUACCAAAGCUGAAGUUUUUGCUGGUCGCGCAGAAAAUUUAUUUUUAUUUGAUUCAAACGCUAAUCUUUCGAUUCACAUGGGAAUUAAUAUUGACUUAACUCACUACUCAAGCAAUAUUAAAAACAUUGCAUCUGGAGACGAAGUUUCUGCAGGAAAAUAUCAUUUUCGUGUUAUGGAAACGCCAGGCAUAUCACCUGGUAGCGUCAUAUAUAUACUUGAUGAUGAAGAAAUCGUGUUUACUGGAAUGACAAUAAUGAAAGGAAUUGUUGGUCCAACUUGUUUUCCUUAUGGCGAUGCUGGAAAGCUUUAUACAUCAAUUAAGGAGCGUAUAUUAGUUUUGCCAAAGAACUUUGCAAUUUAUCCAGGAUAUGGACCUAAAUCUAAAAUUAGCGAGGAAGCUUCUACAAAUCCAUAUGUCUUAACCAUGCAAAAGAGCGAAAAUGAAAUGUAA